GGGACACACCUUCCGCUGAUUUUUUUUUUUUUUUGCCACAGUUUACACGGGGAUGCGUCUUUAUUCACAGAAAGUUGUCAUCUGUCCGAGAUCCGAGUCGUUUUUUCAGCGCGCGCAUUUGCAAUCUUGCGGUUUUUAGCGCGUAAAGGUACCCGAGGCUGCUUGCGCUCCAGCUGGAAGAUGACCGGGGUUUUUGAGAACUUGAAUACCGAUAUGCAUUCGAACCAGAUUACCUCAAGCAAUUACCACAGCUUGCACAAAUCGCAGGAGUCGCCGACGCUGCCCGUGUCCACGGCGACGGACAGCAGCUACUACAACAGCCAGCAGCCGGGCCACUGCGCCGGGUCUCCGUUUGGACAGCUCGGCACCUACCAGUACCACGGCAGCGCCGCCAGCUCCGUGCCCUACAACGCAAAGUCGUACGAGCUCGGCUUCAACUCGUCUUAUGGCGCGUACGGCUCCUACGCCUCCAACCCCUCUCCAAAUCCUGCCGACACAGAGAAAGAAGAGAGCGAGCCAGAAAUCCGGAUGGUUAAUGGAAAACCAAAGAAGGUCAGGAAACCUCGAACCAUUUAUUCCAGUUUCCAACUGGCUGCACUUCAGCGGAGGUUUCAGAAGACGCAGUAUUUGGCUCUGCCAGAACGGGCCGAGCUGGCAGCCUCCCUGGGCCUUACGCAAACACAGGUCAAAAUCUGGUUCCAAAACCGCCGCUCCAAGUUCAAGAAGUUGUGGAAAAGUGGAGAAAUCCCUCCAGAACAACAUGUUGCUUCCAGUGAAUCUCCCCCGUGCACGUCCCCGCCAACCACCGUCUGGGACUUUCCACAGACUCAAAGAAUGAACAGUGUCAGCUCGAGUUUACCUCAGAGCAGCAGCCCUCCCAACACGACUGCGCCUUCCUCCUUUUUGGCAAACUACUCCUGGUACUCAACCACGAACUCUACGACGCAUCUGCAGCCUCCUCUGGUCCAGCACCACCACAACGCCGCCCUCAGCGCCGGGACAAUAUUCUGAAAUCAAACAAACAAACAAACAAAAAAAAAAAAAAAAAAAAAAAAAAAAAUGAGAAGAAAGAAAAAGAAAGACAGAAACGCCGGGUUUCAAUCGGACAA